GCAUAGUGCCCGUAAUGGGAGGUGUGUUCUAAUUGCCAGGGGGCCAUGGGGCCAGAGGUUAACUCUUUUCUUGGAAGGUUCUCAUGGUAUGGGGAAGUUACUUGCUCAAGAUAUCGCCACCACGUUUCGACCAAAGAAAGUCGUUCUCUUGGAUCGGAACCCUGUUGAGAACACUGAUGGUGUGUUCCAACAAUGAAACACGAUAGUCAGCACGAAGUGGAACUCAACCGUAAUGACUUUCAGAAAGAAUAUGUUCUUACCAAUGCGAUAUAUCGGACAGAUACGCGCUGAAGGAGGUGGCCCUCACAAUCGGCAGGGAGGUAGGAUACAUGUCUGUCAACUCAUAGUAUUCCCCAUCCCAUGGCAUACUCCCGUCCUGCACCCACAAGAAGUCGUUGAUGCUAUUAUGGACGCCAUGAAGAAGGCCCAGAACAGUGAGAUAUACCUACCGCUCUAUACAAACGCAGCUCCUCUCUUCCGGUUCCUUCCUCAAGAACUCGGUGAUUUCAUCAGAUGGAUUACAGGGGCGAAUAACGAGAUGGGGAAACUGAAACACCGCACGCAAUAGAACUGCAUCUAUUUAGAUCUAUCGAGGACAAAGAUGAUCACGAACUUUGUUGAAGAGCUCCGCGACUGUCUCGUCUGGGUGGGACAGCGCACUCUCGAAGCGCAGCUACUCCCAAAGACGUUGAACACCAUAUCGAGAAGGUCCUUCCUUCGCGCGAUGCUCGAGACGACUCGCUCGGCGAUGGGGAUUGCGGGGGAGAACGAGGAAGAAAAAGCGCACGUUCGAAGCGCAACUACUCCCGACGAAGACGGCGAAGUCGCACUACGGGCUAUCAACCACGACACGCUCGAGAUCUUCAACGGAAGCGCACGUUCGAAGCGCAACUCCCACCGACGACGGAGACGUCGAAUACGAUAUCGAAAAGAUUCCUUCUUUCGCGCGAUGCUCGAGACGACU